AACGUUGGUUUUGCAACGUGUGCUGUUCGCUAGAACUCAAUGGAUCUCGUCUUGAUCUCCGACGUCGUGUUCUCAGUCAAGUUCUUGCUGAGGUCGUUUCGUCUUAAGUCCACACUCCCACACCGAGAAAAGACGGUCCUCGUCUAAUCAAUAAACUGAUAAUCGGACAAAUCAUUGUGCUACCAUAAUAAGUUCAUUGAGUGGAGUCAUGACGACGGAAUCAAAGUGCUUCGGGCUAGUGUGAUAUUGGAGUCAAAUGUAGAUUCGGUGCCGCCGCCUCGCGCAGCAAAUCGAACUUAAUUAAUGUGUGUGUGGCGACACAGUAUGUGCUAAUUGAGCGCGUGUUUCUGACGUGAGUGCAGUCUGCCACCUACGUCUUCCUUGGGGUAGUGCUUCAGAACUGCAACCCGAUACUACUGCGCGCGGUCCUCAGUGUGAUUUGCACGUCAAGAAGUAAUGCAACUGUAAUUUGCAUGCGGUAAUAGAUUUCCUCCCCGACACCUCCCCAACCAGUCCUCCAUGUUGCCCUCGAUCGAUUCGAGUCGUGAUGUUUACUAGCUCCGGUGCCGUGUCCAAUUGAGCGACGUCUUAUCUGCUUCUGCAUAUAAGUAAGCGUGCAUCAUCUGGAUUCGCGUUCAGCAGAGUCGACGGGCAUCCAGUGUAAGUGGGUGAGUGUGCCAGAGUGAAUUCCGACCAAAGUCUCGUCGUUAAACGCUGGGAAACUUUUCUGAUUUGGACGCAGGAAGCAGCUCGAAUUCAAAAUGAAAGGGACCGGGAUGUCUACUAGGAAGACGAUGAUCUUCUCCAUAUUUGGAAUUGCAAUUGGACUAUGCAUAGGAACAGUCUUCAAAAAUUAUCGGGCAUUGGAACUAGUCAAGCGAUGUAAUCUGAAGGCAAUGCGGGAAAAUCCACUGGAGAUAAUAGGCAUGCGUCCCGAGCAAACCAUACACAAUUCCCAACGCAAUUUAGUAUUUGUAGGAGUCAUGACUGCCAAAGUGUUUCUGGAUGGGCGAGCGAAAGCUGUGUACGAUACCUGGGGACGUGACGUUCCGGGUCACAUUGCAUUCUUCAGUUCUGAAGGCUCCUCAUCCAAUUAUUUGCCUGUUAUUGGGCUUAAGAAUGUUGAUGAUCGAUACCCACCGCAGAAGAAAUCAUUUAUGAUGCUUUACUACAUGUACGAACAUUUCAUCGAUAAAUUUGAGUGGUUCAUACGAGCAGAUGAUGAUGUCUACAUGGAUACUAUGAAAUUGGAACGAUUUUUGCGUUCUGUAGAUAGUUCAAAACCACAGUUUAUAGGUCAAGCUGGAAAAGGAAACAGUGAAGAGUUCGGACUACUGUCCUUAGAGUUCGACGAGAACUUUUGUAUGGGCGGUCCAGGUGUAAUAUUAAGUCGUGAAACUUUGAGAAGAGUUGCUCCACACAUACCAACUUGCCUGAAAAACUUAUAUAGUUUACAUGAGGAUGUUGAAGUGGGACGAUGUGUACAGAAGUUUGCUGGGAUUCCAUGCACAUGGAAUUAUGAGAUGCAAUUCAUACUUCGACACAAUUCCAGCGGCCGAAACGCUUUUACAGGACCUUUGAGGCGCAAAGAAGUUCAUAGUGCAAUAACUCUUCACCCAGUGAAACAGGCACCACUUAUGUAUAGAUUGCAUGCAUAUAUUCAGAGCCUCCGAAUCGAAGAUUUACGCCAAGAAUCGUUGAUGCUGCACCGAGACAUCGUACGAAUGGCAAAAUACCUCCAAAUCUCAGAAACAAAUAAAAAUCUUGUCCCUUCCGUUCCAUUAUUUUCUAAAGAAACAGAAGGAACUCAAUAUUUCGAAGAUCAUAGCAUUCUAGGCAUUAAUCCAGAUCUGAAUAAAUUUGUUCCCACGAAAACUUCUGAAAUUCCCAACUGGACAUUUGUUGCUCGCAGUCUCUACUCAACGGAUAAUGCAAAUCCGAAGCGUAAAAUGGAUUCGGCCACCAGAGAAGGACUCGAAGAAGCUAUCAAUGAAAUUAUGGAAAAUAUAAAUAAUUUCUCGCGACAACGGGGGCGUGUUAUUGAAUUCCGAGAGCUUCUUUAUGGAUACUCGAGACUUAAUACGCUAUAUGGGCAAGAUAUCAUUUUGGAUUUGCUACUUAUCUAUAAAAAAUAUCGAGGAAAAAAGAUGACUGUGCCAGUGCGGCGUCAUUUGUAUUUGCAACGAUCCUUUACGGGAAUUUUCGUAAAGGAAUUUGGCGAAGAUUUGUACGAGGCCGCAAUGGAAAAAGAUAAAAAUCAUAUGCAGUAUCUCUCUUCAAAAGUGAAAAAUAUGCUGAGUACAGGAUUUGAAAAAAUAUCGAAUUCGAUUCCACUUCCAGGUCUUAGUGGGAGCUCCAAUAGCAAAAAGGAUAAAAUUGUGUUUGCUUUGGCAAUUUCUGGACGCUUUGAGGCAUAUAGCCGAUUUUUGGAGACGUACGAGGAGGUUGCUAUUCGUAGUGAUAAACAUACAGAUCUCUUAGUCGUAAUAUUCGGUGACAAUUCAAUAUUGAGGAAACACCUCAAGCCAUUGAUUGAGUUGAACAACAAGUAUCGCAACCAAAAAAUCAACUAUAUUCAUUUGAAUCAAGACUUUUCAAGAGGAGUUGCUUUAGACACUGCGUCACGCUCUUCUUACAUUUCCGACAACGACAUCAUUCUCUUCAUAGACGUCGAUAUGGUAUUCAGCCAAGUGACAUUGGAUCGAAUUCGUUACAACACAAUUCAGAGCAGACAAGUGUAUUUCCCAAUCGUUUUCAGCGAAUAUGAACCAUCGGAAGAAAACCCACCAUACGACACACACUUCAACAAAAAUGUUGAAGUUACAAACAAUACUGGAUAUUUCCGUCAAUAUGGCUUCGGAAUAUGUGCCAUCUACAAAUCUGAUAUUUUCGAUCCUGAUAUAAAUGGGUUCGAUAGAGAUAUAACUGGAUGGGGAUUGGAAGAUGUGAAGUUUUUAGAACGAUUGGUUAAAGUAGGAAAACGAAAAACAUUUCACUUGGAAAAUACUUCAGAAAUGCUCCCUGAAUAUAAUCGAACAAAGCAUGAUGAGAGGCAGCUGAGCAUUUUCCGUGCGCCAGACCCUUCUUUGAUUCAUGUUUUCCAUAGCAUAUUUUGUGACAGGAGUUUGGACCCAGCGCAAUACACCAUGUGUUUAGGAACUAAAGCGAAUACAAUAGGCAGCACACAUUAUAUGGAACAACUGUUUUUAAGUAAUCCAGAAAAUGUCAAUUUUAUUCGGAAGAUCAACUUAGGGAAUGAAAAGAAAUAAAAUUAAUUACUAAUUUUCAAUAAGCUACGAAAAAAUUUCAAUGUUCCUACUCGCUAAAAAAAUGUGCAUAAAGUGCCUUAAUAAUUCGUAUAAAUGUUGGUAACCAUUGGAAGCAACGUACUAACAGUAGAAUAACAAAUUCAAAGAACGCCAAGCUUGCCGCAAGCAUUUGAACCAAAUGGUAUUAUUAAAAAAAUGAUGUUGUGAUAUUAUGUAAGAAAUAAGUUGAGCAAAUUAAAAUAAAAAAUUGGGUCCUUAACAAAAAUAA